AUGUACGAAAGGAAUAUAGGCACUCUCAUACUGAGAGUUCUGGUAUGGCUUGCUGCCUUUGCGAGCUUGGGUGCUGCACAGGGUAGCUCCUCGGCUAUCACCACAGCCCUUACAGAACUUCCUAAAUGCGCACUCCAAUGCCUUGCGGCUUCGAUCAAAGCCUCACCAUGUGCGAUAUCAGACGUAACGUGCCAGUGCACCAAUGCAGAACUGGUCUCAUCGGCCGAGCUCUGCGUCAUGACCAGCUGCACGGUCGAGCAGUCCCUCAUUGCCAAGAAUGUCACACAAACGAUGUGUGGUGCCCCGGUCAGAGACAAGACUACCGAAUAUAACAUCGUUUCCUGUACCUUGAUGGGCUUUGCUUGCGCCUUCGUGCUCAUCAGGCUUGGUUACAAGAAGUUUUUCACCCGCACCGAUCUGGGCCUGGAUGACUGGUUCAUUCUCCUUACAUUGUUGGUCUGUGUGCCAUCGGCUGUGAUCAACGUCGACUUGCUCACCGCCAACGGCCUCGGCAAGGAUAUCUGGACGCUCAAGCCAGACGAAAUUGGGGAUUUCGCGUUCGCUUUCUUUAUCAUAACGAUUCUCUAUUUCACAGAAGUGUUUGUGUUGAAACUAUCCCUGCUUUUCUUCUACCUGCGUAUUUUCCCUGGCAAGACUAUCCGACGAGUGAUUCUGGGUACCGUGGCCUUCGACGUUCUGUUUGGCAUUGGCUUCAUUGUCACAGCCCUCCUGCAGUGCCGGCCCAUCAGUUACAACUGGACCAACUGGCGUGGAGAAGGAGGAGGCCAAUGUAUCGACAUUAGUGCCGUGGCAUGGGCAAACGCAGCCGUCAGUAUUGCGUUGGACCUGUGGAUGCUAGCUAUUCCCCUAUCUCAACUUCGGGAGCUGAAAUUGCACUGGAAGAAGAAGAUAGGCGUGGCGAUGAUGUUUUGUGUUGGCACCUUCGUCACCGUCGUCAGCGCCAUCCGUCUUGCGUCUCUGGUCGAGUUCCGGGAGUCCACUAAUCUGACCUGGGACUAUUGGGGAGUGUCUCUCUGGUCCACGGUAGAGAUCACUGUCGGCAUUAUUUGCGCUUGCAUGCCAUCGAUGCGUCUGAUUCUUGUGCGCAUUGCACCCAAGGUCUUUGAUGUUUCGAUGGUACGGGCUUCACGCUAUUAUUACGCGAAGAGAGCGUCAGCAUACCCAGGGAAAUGGACUGAUCCGUCCACCCAACCAAGCGAGGCCUCGAAGAACAAGUCUGCCGCAUCAAGACAGUCAUGGAUGCCACCAAACGUCAGAACGAGCUGGCGUAUCAGCCGGUCACCCCAUGACAAAGUGUUCGUUGAUGGAGUUCUCUUUUCCAAGGUCUCGCCCUCCAAGCUCGAAGAGGAGGACCAAGGCAGGUUAGUGCCCAUGGAGGACAUGGAACCCAGCAAGUACGGAACAGACGUGCAGAUUUCCGGUGGCGCUAGUUCGCGGAACAGCACGCCGGAUCCGGGGUCUACAUCUAAGAUAUAG